AUGAAAGGCCUUUUCAAGUCCAAGCCAAAAAGCCCCGUGGAGCUGGUAUGCCAAGCGCGCGAUCAUCUUAUUUUUUUUAAUGGGAAUGCAUCAGAGAGUCCCCAGCUUAAACGUCAGGAGAAGAUGCACAAAUUGGGCAAAAGAAUAUUCGAAAUAAGAACCGUUCUUUAUGGAAAUAUUGGUGAAAAAGAGCCGAAUAAAGACGCUUGCGCACAAGUGACUCGAGAGUUUUUCAAAGAUGAUAUACUCCGCCUUCUUAUUACUUGUUUUCCAAAGUUGGACUCCGGGAUCCGUCAAGACGCCACCCAUGUGGUCACUAAUUUACAGAGGCAAUGGGUGAAUUCAAGGUUGAUUGCUUCCGAGUACUUGGAAAAGAAUUUAGAUGUUAUGGAUAUCCUCAUACUCGGUUAUGAAGACAGUGAUAUUGCUUUAAGUUAUGGUGCAAUUGCAAGAGAGUGUAUCCGUCAUCAGACUGUUGCAAAGUAUGUUUUGGAGUCGAAACACAUGAACAAAUUUUUUGACUACAUACAAGAUCCAAAUUUCGAAAUAGCAUCUGAUGCUGCGACAACUUUUAGGGAGCUUUUGACCAGGCAUAAGUCUACUGUGGCAGAAUUUCUUUCUAAAAACUACCACUGGUUUUUCAAGGAGUACAAUUCCAAAUUGCUUAGUUCUCCAUGCUACAUUACCAAACGGCAAUCUACCAAGCUGUUAGGAGACAUAUUACUAGAUCGCUCAAAUUCUGAUGUGAUGCUUCGGUACGUGAGCUCUUUGGAUAACAUGAAAGUCUUGAUGAACCUUCUCAAGGAUUCAAACAAGACAAUUCAAUUAGAAGCUUUUCAUGUCUUCAAGCUAUUUGUCGGGAACCAAAAUAAGCCUGCUGAGAUAAUUAAUGUGCUUGUCACCAACAAGAGUAAGCUUCUUCGUUUCUUCGAAGACUUCAAUUUUGAUAAAGCAAAUGAGCAGUUUGAGGCAGACAAAGCUGAGGUCAUUAGAGAGAUAGGUACUCUUGGACCAAAUGAUUGUUUACGCAAAGCAAUAGACAAUUGCGAGAUUACAUGCUGA